AAAGGAUAUGCCAUAAUUGUGGAGUCGAGACAACAACUUCUGUGUCCAUUUCAAAUGUAUUACUACUGACAGCAUGAGUGAACGUGAUCACUUUUUUACAAGUCACGUAGAGACUUUGUAUUAGUCUGAGUGGAUGUAUAUCAUUUCGUCAAGAUUAAGUGUGAGGCCGGUAACAUCAACAGUGAGGACAAACCCAGCCUGCCUCUCUCCUUCCACAUUGAGUCCAAACCUACAGUCACUAGGUCCUGAUUGUGACAGUGGGACCCAGUUUGUACUGCAGGAUCCAGAGAUGGCAUCAGUGAAGCUGGAAGACUGCAGUCAAACACUGGAGCUGAAUGUCAACAUUAAAGAUGAAGAGGAGGAGGAGAAGAUUGGGGAAUCUGUUUCUCAUGGACGACUAGAAUUAUGUCUGAGGCCGGUAACAUCAACAGUGAGGACAAUCCCAGCCUGCCUCUCUCCUUCCACACUGAGUCCAAACCUACAGUCACUGGGUCCUGAUUGUGACAGUGGAGCCCAGUUUACACUGCAGGAUCCAGAGAUGGCAUCAGUGAAGCUGGAAGACUGCAGUCAAACACUGGAGCUGAAUGUCAACAUUAAAGAUGAAGAAGAGGAGGAGAAGAUUGGGACAUCUGUUUCUCAUGGAGACCAUGUUGAGACAUUCUCUACAUCCAGAGAGCAACAGCAGGAAGAUCCCAGAGCUAAGAGGUCUCACCACUGCCCACAUUGCGAGGAGAUUUUCCCAUUUCUAUCAAAGCUAAAAAUACACCUAAAAAUACACACAGGAGAAAAUCUUUAUUCCUGCACUGACUGUGGGAAGAGUUUCACAACAUUAAGGGCUCUGACAGUUCAUCAGAGAGUGCACACAGGAGAGAGGACUUACCCCUGCUCUGACUGCGGAAAAUGCUUCACAUCAUCAACUGAGCAAAAAGUUCACCAGAGAACACACACGGGAGAAAAGCCUUACUCCUGCUCUGAUUGUGGGGUGAGUUUCUCUCGACUGGGCCACUUAAAAAGACAUGAACAUAUUCAUACAGGAGAGAAGCCUUGCUUCUGCUCUGACUGUGGGAAGAGUUUUUCUCGACUGGACCUCUUAAAAAAACAUGAACUUAUACAUACAGGAGUGAAGCCUUACUCCUGCCCUGACUGUGGAAAGAGUUUCUCUCGACUGGGCCACUUAAAAAAACAUGAACUUAUACAUACAGUAGUGAAGCCUUACUCCUGCUCUGACUGUGUGAAAUGCUUCACAUCAGCUCAGCUAAAAGUUCAUCAGAGAACACACACAGGUGAGAAGCCGUACUCCUGCUCUGACUGUGGGAAGAGUUUCUCUCAACUGGGACACUUAAAAAGACAUGAACAUAUACAUACAGGAGUGAAUACUUAUGCCUGCUCUGAAUGUGUGAAAUGCUUCAUUACAUCAACUGAUCUAAAAGUUCAUCAGAGAACACACACAGGAGAGAAGCCUUACUCCUGCGCUGACUGUGGAAAGAGUUUCUCUCUACUGGGCAACUUAAAAAGACAUGAACGUAUACAUACAGGACUGAAGCCUUACUCCUGCUCUGACUGUGGAAAGAGUUUCUCGCAAAUGGGCCAGUUAAAAAGACACCAAGGUAAACAUAAAGGAGAGAAGCCUUACCACUCGUAAUGUGGCAAGAGUAACUCAAGUGAAAGUCACCAAGUAAAAUACUACUUGUGUAAAAGGCUGAAAUUAUUUGGUUGUAAAUAUACUUAUGUAUCAAAGUAAAAGUAUGAAUAAUUUGAAUAGAGAAUUACCAUUACUAGGAGCUGAAUAGAGGGAGAACUACCAUUAACCUCUACGUGAUGGGUGUCCCUAAACCAGGACAGUUGUUGCUAACGUGCGCUAAUGUGACUUGAAUGACGUUGAAUACAACAGCUAACUUUCCGGGACAUAGACAUGUCUUAUAUGGGCAGAAAGCUUAAAUUCUUGUUAAUCUAACUGCAGUGUCCAAUUUAACAGUAGCUGUUACAGUGAAAAAAUGCCAUGCUAUUGUUUGAGGAGAGUGCACGACAAUAAAAAAACGUAUCACGUAUCACCUCUGAAGGUUAAUAAUGUACUUACAUUCAGUAAUCUUGCUCUGAUUUGUCAUCCUGGGGGUCCCACAGAUAAAAUGUAGCAUAGUUUCGUUUAAUAAAAUCAAUGUUCAAAUGUAGGAACUGGUUUCUACAUUUUGAACCCCUGCUGUCUCUGGCUCCACAACCACCCCGCCCGAAAGUUAGUGUAUAAGCUAAUGGCCCAUCAUGUAUGACAUUCCUGGGAGUGUGUAAACUUACUUUUUUUAUUACCAUAGCAUUUUUAUAUGUUCUCUAUAGUUAUGUACUUAAAGGACCAAUUCGGCACAUUUGGGCAAACUCCUGGCAGACUUGAUACAGUGCAGUAAUGUAAUUCUUCACUGCAUCAGUCAAACUGUGCACACAUCGCUGCCAUCUGGUGGCCAAAAUCUAAAUUACACCUAGACUCCUAUCUGAAAGUAUGGUCUUUCUCUUCCAUUUCAAAGAUGAAAAAGGUUUUUUUGUUUGUAUGAUCUUUUACCAGAUAUGUGUUAUUCUCAUACAUUAAUUUCACAUUUCCACAAACUUCAAAUUGGUUCCUUUCAAAAGGUAUCAAAAAGAUGCAUGUCUUUGCUUCAGGUGCUGAGCUACAGGCAGUUACAUUUUAGGUAAAAAUGUAAAAAAAAGGGUACGAUCCUUAACUUCUUAUGGAUGGGUGGCAGUAUUGAGUAGCUUGGAUGACUGACGUGCCCAGAGUAAACUGCCUGCUACUCUGGCCCAGAAGCGAAGAUAUGCAUAUUAUUAGUAGAUUUGGAUAGAAAACACUCUGAAGUUUCUAAAACUGUAUGAAUGAUGUCUGUGAGUAUAACAUAACUUAUUUGGCAGGCGAAAUCCCGAGGACAAACCAUCCAGGAUUUUUUUUUUUUUUUAGGUCAUUCUCUCUUCAAUGGGUUUUCAUUGUGAAUCUAGAAUUCUAAGGCAGUUGCUUGCAGUUCCUAUCGCUUCCACUGGAUGUCAACAGUCUUUAGACUGUUUUUUCCUUUGUGUAAUGAAGAAGUAGCCCUGUUCAGAAUGAGGGUAGAGGGAAGUGUACUUUUUGAUAGAGGCACGCGACCUGAAAAGCACACUCCACUUUGUUUUCCUCCGGUAUUAAACGCAGUUUAUCCCGUCUUUAAUUUUAUUGAUUAUUUACGUUAAAAAAUACCUAAAGUUGUAUUAGGAAAGUUGUUUGAGGUGCUUGGAAAAAGAUUACAGGUAACUUACGAGAUAUUUUGUAGUCAUGUUGCGCGAGUUGGAAUGGGUGUUUUUCUGUAUCAAACGUGCCAAAUAAAUGGACAUUUUACAACGGAAUUAAUCAAACAAAAGGACCAUUUGGGAUGUUUUAUAGGACAUAUUGGAGUGCCACAGAAGAAGCUCGUCAAAGGUAAGGCAUGAAUUAUAUGUUAUUUCUGAGUUUUGUGUUGCGCCUGGCGGGAUGAAAUAUGAUUGUCUGUAUUUGUUUGAUGGGGUGCAGUCCUCAGAUUAUAGCAUGGUUUGCUUUCACAGUAAUUUCAGCCUUGUUGAAAUCUGACACGGUGGAUAGAAUAACGAGAAGUUCAGCUUUAAGUUGGUGUAUUGCACUUGUGAAUGUAUGAAAGUUAAAUACUUGUAAUUUUUUUGGAAUUUGGCGCUCUGCCAUUUCACCGGAUGUUGUCAAAUCGAUCCUGUUAACGGGAUUUCAGCCAUAAGAAGAGGUUUUUAAGUGAACCAGACGGUACAAUUGUGUCGUUGUUUUUUAUAUUACGGAUAGCCGGGGGCACACUCUAACACCGUUUACAAAUGAAGCAUUUGUGUUUAGUGAGUCCGCCAGAUCAGAGGCAGUAGGGAGGACCAGGGAUGUUAUCUUGAUAAGUGUGUGAAUUGGACCAUUUUCUAUCCUGCUAAUUAUUUAAAAAAUGUAAUGAGUACUUUUGGGUAUCAGGGAAAAUGUAUGGAGUAAAAAGUACAUUAUUUUCUUUAGGAAUUUUUGGGAAAUAAAAGUAAAAGUUGUCAAAUAUAAAUAGUAAAGUACAGAUACCCCAAAAAACGACUUAAUUUUUACAUAAGUACUUUACACCACUGCAUGCAUCCAUGCGUCAGCAUUGCAGGCUGGUGGUGUAAUGGGUGGGGUGUGUUUUCAGGGCACACAUUGCUCAACUUUUAUCAAGGGGACCAAUGUUUGAAUGCCACAGGAUAUCUAAACAUCAUUGCCAAUCAGGUGCAUCCAUUCAUGGCAGCAGUGUAUCCAUCUGCAAAAUGAUUUUUUUUCAGCAGGAUUAUGCCUUAUGCCACAAUGCUUGUCCAGGAAUGGUUCCAAGAACAUUACAGUGAAUUCAGCUUACUGAAUUCACUGUAAUUGUGCAUCUGUGGGAGGAGAAGGAACGAGCUAUUCGGAGUAGAUCCACUCCCAGGCAACUUGACACAAUUGUGGGAAGCAUUGGAGUCAACAUGGACCAGCAUCCCUGUGAAAUGCACACAACACCUUGGACAGUCCUGACGAUUUGAGGCUGGUCUGAGGACAAAGGGGGUGCAACUCAAUAUUAGGAAGGUGUUUCUAAUGUUUUGUACACAGUGUAUAUCAGAUAAAGAUGGUGUGAUGAUCACUUUUUAGCAUUAGUUUGGGUGGAUUAUUUUAUAUUACUAAACAACUUUUGUUUAAUGAUAAACAGGCUAUGAAUCGACUACUUGUGUUUAUUAAAUUGUAUUUUAAUACUAGAUUCAUUAUUUUAGUCAUUGAUGAUGAAUGUAUUUGAAUAACUGUAUUGAAGUUAAUUGAUCUGGCGGCAGGUAGCCUAGCGGUUAAGAGUGUUGGGCCAGUAACUGAAAGGUUGCUGUUCAUCUAAUCGGCUCAGGACCAAUCUGUCAUUGUGCCCUUGAGCAAGGCAAUUAACCCUUUUUUGUCCUGUAAGUCUCUCUGGAUAAGAGCAUCUGCUAAAUGACAAGAAUGUAAUGAAAAAUGUUUGUACAUGAAUUUAUGCUGGGCAGCCACUUCUCUUGUGUAUAAUUCAAUGAAAUAAACUGUUUGAAGUGAAA